AUGGCUUCCGGAGAGACGAAGCUCAAGUAUUUGGGCCUCAUGCUGGACAGCAAAUGGAGAUUCGACCACCAUUUUAAAGCGCUGGUUCCGAGGCUCAUGGGGGCGGCAGGUGCGCUGACCCGUCUUCUUCCCAACGUCGGAGGAUGCAGCGCCGGUACUCGGCGACUGUACCUUGGGGUGGUGCGCAGUAUGGCCCUGUACGGUGCUCCCGUGUGGUCGCCCGCACUCUCCGCGAGAAACGCGGCUCUGCUGCAUAGAGCUCAGCGGGCGCUUGCGGUGAGGGUCAUCAGGGGGUACCGCACCAUCUCUCAAGAUGUGGCCUGCGCUCUCGCCGGAUCCCUACCCUGGGACCUCGAGGCCGAAAUCUUGGUUGCGGUAUAUCGGCGUAAGGCGCAGGCCUUGAGUCGGGGGCGGUCGCCCGGCCCGUCGGCUGUCGGUCGGUGGAAGCGUGCUGCGCGUCAUGUAGCAUACGCUAAGUGGAGAGAGCGAUUGCUGAAAGAACUUGGCCAAACUUCGGCCACCCGCCGGCGCACCCUCGAGGCCCUGGUGCCCGUGCUGGAGGCAUGGAAGCGGUACAGGAUACUCGAGAAUUUCUCAGUCUGGAACCCUAACCAAUGGUGA